AUGGCUGAUUACUCACGACAGGCUGUUUAUGCUCCUGAUGAGUUAUGGAAGAUUGAUCAAUUCUUGAUGGGUUUGAGGGCCGACAUUGCUCAUAGUGUGUCCCAGAGGGAGUUUACUACUUAUGCUGAAUGUUUGAGGCAAUGUUAUGUUGCGGAGAACAGUCUAAAGAGGGUUCAAGAAGAGAGGAACCAGAACAGGACUAACUACAGGGAACAAGGAAAAUCUGCUCAACACUUGAAGCCCCGUAGUUUUCCACCAAAGAAGAAGCAAGGAUAUGGCGACCAAUCGGCUCAACCUCCUUAUUGUCACAAGUGCAAGAAGAAACAUGCUGGGGAGUGCGAACCUACUCCAAUUACUUGUUUCAAAUGUGGCGAGCCGGGUCACAAAUCCCCGUUUUGUCCAAAGAAGAAAGAUCAGGAGAGGACUACAGGUCGUGUUUAUACCUUAGAUGCAAGAAAGGCCAAAGGAAACAACAAUCUCAUCGCAGUUACUCCAUUACCCGAUCCUAUGGUCAUUUCUUCGGCAACAGAUGAUACCGUGGAGGCUCGACUGAUUUGUAAGGAUUGUUCAGUAUCUUUUAAUGGCUGUGACUUUCCGAUCGAUCUAAUUUGUUUACCUCUUAAGAGACUUGAUGUCAUUCUUGGAAUGGAUUGGUUGUCUCUUAAUUCGGUAUAUAUUGGUUGCAAGGAAAAAGCCAUAUUCAUUCCUGCUAAAGAAACAUCUUCUGAUGAUGCAAUUACCAAGUUGAUUGAAGGUACGAUCAACGCGGUCAAUUAUCUCUUUUCACAAGAAAGAUCUUUUCUUUUGGUUCUUUCCGAGGAACCCUCCGUGAGAGUGGUAUUGUCGGAGAUACCUGUAGUGUGCGAAUAUCCUGAUGUCUUUCCUGAGGAUAUCACUUCUCUUCCUCCGAAAAGGGAAGCGGAAUUCGCAAUUGAUCUUAUUCCUGGUACUGCCCCAGUUUCUAUCACUCCAUAUAGGAUGUCUCCUAUUGAACUCAGAGAACUGAAGAGCCAGCUAGAAGAGCUUCUAGCUAAGCAUUUUAUUCGGCCCAGUGUUUCUCCAUGGGGAGCUCCUGUUCUAUUGGUGAAAAGAAGGAUGGGAGUAUGCGUUUGUGCAUCGACUAUCGUCAGCUGA